AUGAAUUAAUCUUAAUAUGGAGCUUUUGGUAUGAGUGGUAAUAAUUUCAAUCAAACUGGUGGUAAACCACCUACCAAUAAUUAUAAUUUUGAAAAUGUCAGAGUAAAAAAUCAUUCAUAUCAGUUUAGGCAUAAUAACCAGCACCAGGUGGACCAUAGCCAUCUAGAGGAAAACCUUUGGGAACAGCAGCUAGAUAACCAUAAGCAGAAGCAAGACCUAUGACAUCUAAUAGGAAAGCUAAUUUUGGUUAAAAAAAGGAUCCAUUCAAUUCUACACAAAAUCAAAUUAAUUUGAAUAAACCUAAACUUGAAACUAAUCCUGAAGAAUAAUUUAAAGCAAUCGAAAAAGAAAUCAAUACAUUAAUAGAAUAGAGUGCUAUGGCUAAAUUAAGAGGCAAUCUAUCUGAAUGUUUAGAAAAGGCUAAAGAAGCAUUUAAUAAAGAAAAGAAAUUAAGAUAAUCUAAAGAAGCAUAAAAUUUAGCAGAAUCUAUAAAUACAGAUCUUAGUUAUUGUGUAGCUUUAACUUAAGCAUGUGCUUUGCAUACUAAUGGACUACAUUCAGAUGCUUUAGCAAAAUAUCAAGAAAUAAUUAAAUGUAAACAAUACCCACAAGCAGGAAGAUUAAGAGUCAAUAUGGGUAACAUUUAUUUUGAAUAGAAGAAAUAUGCUACUGCUAUUAAAAUGUAUAAAAUGGCUUUAGAUUUAAUUCCUGCUACAUCUAAAGAAAUGAGAUUCAAAAUCUAAAAAAAUAUUGGUCAUUCACAAGUUAGGUUGGGCAAAGAAAAAAUUAAAGAGGCAAUCACUACUUAUGAAUAAAUUCUUAAAAACUCACCUGAUUUUCCAACUGGAUUUAAUCUUAUGAUUUGUUUGUAUUUGAGUGGAAAUAAGAAUAAAAUGAAAGAUUACUUUGUUACUCUAUUAACAAUUGAUAUACCAGGAGAAAGUGAAGAGGAAAAUAAUGAAAACAAGGGAACUACUAUUACAGAUAAAUUAAGAGAGGAUGUUAAAGAAAGAAGAAGAGAAGCAAUUUAUUAUAUUGUUACUUCUGCAAAAUUAAUUGCUCCAUUAAUUGAAGAUGAUAUCAUAAUUGGAUAUGAAUGGAUUUUAGAAUAACUUAAGAAUUCAACAUUUCCUGAAGCUGAAACAGAAAUUGAAAUAUGUAAGGCUAUGGCCUAUUUAAAAAAAAAGAAUAUUGAGAAAUCUAUUGAAACAUUAAAAGGAUUUGAAAAAAAAGAUAAGUUAAUUAUGGCUCGUAUUGCUACAAACAUAUCCUUUUUGUAUUUUUUGGAGAAUGAUUAUAAAUAAGCUGAAAAAUAUGCUGAAAUUGCUAUCACAUAUGAUAGAUAUAAUGCAAAGGCUUUAGUAAACAGAGGAAAUUGUUUAUAUGUGAAAAAUGAAUUCUUAAGAGCCAAAGAAUAAUAUUUAGAAGCUAUAGGUGUUGAAGCAGAUUGCAUAGAAGCACUUUAUAAUUUAGCAUAUGUAAAUAGAAAAUUAAAUAUGUUUGUUGAAUCUUUGUAAGCAUUAGAUAAAUUAUAAACUAUUGUAUGUAUUCCUGAAGUUUUAUUUUAAAUGGCUACAUUGUAUGAAAUGACUGGAAAUUCAAAAUAAGCAAUGAAAUGGUAUUUAGAAUUAUUGAAUAAAGUACCAAAUGAUCCAAAUAUUCUAGCCAGAUUAGGAUCAUUAUUUGCAAGAGUAAAUAAUAUUAUAAAAUUUAUAGGAAGAUGAUGAGCCUUAAGCAUUACAUUAUUUUUAAGAAUCAUAUAGAAUUUUACCAACAAAUAUAGAUACAAUAUCAUGGUUGGGAGUUUAUUAUGUGAAAUAGGAAAUGUAUGAAAAGGCAAGUGUAUAUUUUGAAAGAGCAGCACAAGUAUAGACAAGAGAUGAAAAAUGGAAAUUAAUGGUAGCUAGUUGUUAUAGAAGAAUGGGACAUUUUUAAAAGGCAUUAGGAAAUUAUUUGAAAAUCUAUUCUGAUUAUCCUGAUAAUAUUGAAUGUAUUAAAAAGUAUUAAAUACUUUAGGUCUUCGAUUUUUAGUUCAAUUAUGUAGAGAAAUGGGAUUACCAUAUGAAGAAUAUGCAGGAUAAUUAAGAAAAUUGGAAAGAGAAAUGGAAAUGAUGGAAGGAUAUUAGGGUCAAGAUAUAAAUUUAAUAAAUAAUGAAGAUGAAUAAGUUCGAUUACCUUAAGGAGAUGAUAAUCCUGUUAGUUUCACUAAUAAUACAAGGUAUUUAUAAUUUUAUUAUAAUAAUAGGAGAGGCAAUAAAUAACCACCUCCUAAAACGAAUAUAAGAUAAAAUUUAGAUGAUGAAUAAUUUUAAGAUGGGGUAGAGGACAACUUUUUACCUUGA